AUGUCCAAGCCAACACGUACCGCCGUCAGCACUAAGGGAGCACCAGUCCCGCCUCCAAUCCUAUCCCAGGGUCUGGUCGUCGGCAACGUUGUCUACUGCUCUGGCCAGUUGGGAGUAGACCCGACCACGGGUGAAAUGGUGAAGGGAACUAUUCAGGACCGAACACGACAAAUCCUACGCAACCUCAAUGCCGUCCUAGAGGCUGGAGGGUCGAGUCUGCACGAUGCAAUCAAGGUCAACAUCUUCCUCACCGAUAUGGCUGAUUUCUCGGCUGUGAAUGAAGUCUACGAUACUUUCUUCUCGGAUCCUAAACCGGUGCGUACUUGCAUUGCCGUCAAAUCCCUCCCUAAGGGAUCGGAUGUCGAAAUCGAGUGUUCUGGCCUGGUUACGAAGCCUAGUAAUGGCCGCAGUUCUAGACUUUGA